CUCUUCUCUCUCCCUUUUUUCUGCUCUUCUCCACCAAAGCUCGCUUUUCCUUCCUCGCUUUUCAAACUGCUGUGUUCGUCUGCUGCCUCUUUCCUCCAUCCUCUCCCCCCUCCCUACUUUCCUGCCCCUCUCUAUUUAUGAAAACGUCACUUCAAGUCCCUCCCUGUUUGAAUCUCAUUAGUUUCUUGUGUGUUUCUCCCUGUCAAUAAUCCCGAAUCCAGACUCUCUCUAUUUCCAUCCCUCUCUAGCUGUCAAUCAGCGCCGCCUUUGAACUGAAAACCACUCCGACCAACUUCAACUCACUCAAUCCGAGCGGCUCGGCUCCGUCUACGGCUUCUUUUUCUGCCAAGAUUCCCCCUUUUUUUCAGUUUUCUACUAAUCGCCAGUCCUUGGGAAACGCCAGGGCAGACCCUAAACUCCAACUCGGAUUCGGGAUCACACAGAUCAAGGGUUUAAAACUUUGUGUUUUGGCCCCCCAACACUGCUCGGGAGAAAAUGCCGCAGCUGAACGGCGGUGGAGGGGACGAUCUGGGUGCGAACGAUGAAAUGAUUUCCUUCAAAGACGAAGGAGAACAGGAGGAGAAAAUUUCAGAGAACUCCUCUGCAGAAAGGGAUUUAGCAGAUGUCAAAUCUUCGCUCGUAAACGAGUCAGAAACGAAUCAAAACAGCUCUUCGGAUUCAGAGGCGGAAAGACGGCCUCCGCCUAGAGCCGAAACUUUCAGAGACAAAACAAGAGAAAGUUUAGAAGAGGCUGCGAAAAGGCAAGAUGGAGGUCUGUUCAAGAGCCCCCCGUACCCGGGCUACCCGUUUAUAAUGAUCCCCGACCUGACGAGCCCCUACCUCUCCAACGGAUCCCUCUCACCGACGGCGCGCACAUAUCUACAGAUGAAAUGGCCACUGCUAGAUGUUCAAGCAGGAAGUCUUCAAAGUAGACAAGCACUUAAAGAUGCCAGGUCCCCUUCUCCAGCACACAUCGUUCAAUCAGGAGAUGCUCUACACCUUGAACAGCAGCUCUUCACCUGCGAGCCGAGCGAGGCAGACAGACGUCGGAGGUGGAUGAUCACGGCCGGUGGAUUGGUUUCACCGCUCCUGCUCUGUGACGCCCUCCACCAGAAAUCUAAUAAGGUCCCGGUGGUACAGCACCCUCACCAUGUGCACCCGCUUACACCUCUGAUCACCUACAGCAAUGAACACUUCACGCCGGGGAACCCUCCUCCACACCUACAGACAGACGUGGACCCCAAAACAGGAAUUCCGAGGCCUCCACAUCCUCCAGAUAUAUCUCCGUACUACCCUCUGUCUCCUGGCACCGUAGGCCAGAUCCCCCAUCCGUUAGGAUGGUUAGUACCACAGCAAGGUCAACCGGUUUACCCAAUCACAACGGGAGGUUUUAGACACCCCUACCCAACUGCCCUCACUGUCAACGCAUCCAUGUCAAGUCUUCUCUCCUCCAGAUUCCCACCCCACAUGGUGCCCCCCCAUCACAGUUUGCACACCACGGGCAUCCCACACCCCGCCAUCGUCACGCCCAACGUCAAACAGGAGUCCUCUCACAGUGACAUCAGCACGCUCAACAGCUCGAAACAUCAGGACCAGAAAAAGGAGGAUGAAAAGAAGAAGCCGCACAUAAAGAAGCCUCUGAAUGCAUUCAUGUUGUACAUGAAGGAGAUGAGGGCCAAAGUAGUGGCAGAAUGCACGCUGAAAGAGAGCGCAGCUAUCAAUCAAAUCCUGGGCCGAAGGUGGCAUGCCCUGUCUCGAGAGGAGCAGGCCAAAUACUACGAGCUUGCCAGGAAAGAACGACAGCUACACAUGCAGCUCUACCCCGGCUGGUCAGCACGAGACAACUAUGCUGCUAACCAACAGGGGAAAAAGAAGAAGAGAAAAAGGGAAAAGCAGCAGGCAGAUGGCAAUGAACACAGAGAAUAUUUUCCAAACCCUUGCCUUUCACUCCCUCCGAUUACAGACCUGAGUGCCCCUAAGAAGUGUCGCGCACGCUUUGGUCUCGAUCAGCAGAAUAACUGGUGUGGCCCGUGCAGGAGAAAAAAGAAGUGCAUUCGCUACAUUCAAGGUGAAGGCAGCUGUGUCAGUCCUCCCUCUUCGGAUGGAAGCUUACUAGAGUCGCCCCCAUCCUCCCCCUCCAUGGUCCCCAAUUCUCCGCCCUCGAAAGAGUCCAAACCACAGACUGAACAAAUGCAACCUCUUUCACUGACUAUGAAACCGGGCCCCCUGGUCUCAUCCUCACAUCACCAACACCAUCACCUGUCCAUGGCCCUGCCUCCGCCCUUAGCUCUGCUGGACAACUCAGGGGCAGGCAAAACCCCCGGAACCGCCCACAAUGGCUCCUUGGACCCUUCAGAAGUGUCAACGUCUCGCCCCUCAGGCUCUGCCUCCUCUCAGCCUGCAUUGGCAUGUCAUUCCCAUUCUCUGUUGCCCAGCUCUGCCCCAACGCAACCGCUUUCGCUCGUAACCAAGUCAAUAGACUAGGCAUAACUGGCUCAGAUUUACCAGCUUUCAACUCCUCCCUUUCUGUCUGCUGACACUUACGUUUUUCCUGUGUUUUUUUUUUCUUUUCUUUUCUUUUUUCUUUUCUUUUUUUCUGUCACAUAUGGCUUUUGAAAUUAGUUAAUUCUUUUAUCAAAGUUCAUUGGUCAAUAUUUGACCUGUCAUUAUCGAAAAUAAAUGAAACUAUAAUAAUAAUAUUGAUGAUAAAGUAAAAUGAGUUGUAGAGUAUAGCUAUACGAGUCUGCCAAAAUGUAAGACUUUUUUCCUUCUUUUUUUUUUUACUGUACAACAUAAAAAAAAGAAUACCUGUUAUGUAAAUUGAAAUAGACAUGUUAAAUGACAGAUAUAAAAGUAGUCUAGGUGAGGAUUCAGUGAGCCCUUUUUAAAAGUUGGUUCUUCUUCAUUAUUUGUAUUAAAUACGAGCUUGCGAACCAAUCAUUUUACACCUGUUCAGAACAUGGAGGGCACGAGGACCGUGGAGACACACUUCUCCAGCUGAGGAACAACUUUAUUUGUGAUGUUACUUGUUCUUGUUUAAAUGUACAGAAAUAUUUGGGGGGGGGUAACUGUGUUAAUAUGCAUUGUUCCAUUGCGUUGUCUAUUUUAUUUUUUUUUGUCAUUGUUUACCGUGGGAGGGCGGUGGAGGUGGGUUGGGGGGGGUAGACUCAGUUGGAGGAAUGUUUAGGGGACUGUUUUAAGUGGGGUGGGGGGGUGGGAGGGUGGGGAUUGUGGUAUACAAUACAAAAUGUCACAACGCUAGGACCAGUAGUAUUUAUUGCUUUAGAGAUUGCUCGUUGUAUCCUGUAUGUUGUCCCUUUUCGAAAUAUUUUCUUUUUCUUAAUACAUUGUACAAAUAUUCUUUUUUUUUUUUUAAUGUAAGCAACUUAUAUAUAUAUAAAUGAUCCAUUUUUACAAGGAGGUUUUGAAGUUAAAUUGUUUUGUUUUUAACAUUUGCUUCUUUUGCUGAAGACCAGAGUUUCACCAACACAAUGUAGAUUCUCCAAAACAGAUGUAUGCACAACUUAAUUUCUAAAAAAGAAAACACAAAAAAAAAAAACAACCCAUAUCUAUAAGCCAUUUUUCAGUAGGAGAAAAGAAGACUUGAAACGGGGGGGAUAGUGAAUACUGUGUCUUUAGUAAUUGGUUUUCAUUAUCUAAAGCCCAUCCUUUUUAAUUGCAAGUUCAUCUCCACUGGACUGUAGAAUUGUGUACAGAUCUUCUGUGCCGAAAUCGUGCUAAUUUUCACUCCCCCUCUUACAAUGCUGUAGGUUUGUCAGGUUUUUUUUUUCCUUUGGUUUCGUUUUUCCUUUUUUGUUUUGUUUUCCUUUUUUUUUUUUUUUUCCUCAACCAUACUUUGCUGUGACGUUACAUAGAUUGCUAUGUAUGUAGUAUAAAUGUUGCUAUAACAAAUGUGUUUGGUAGCAGAUUGUCAAAUAUUAAAAUUUAAACUUAAUAAAAGACAGACAUCAUCAUACUGUAUAAACCCUCAAGGGCCAAAUGAUGUAUAUUAGGAGGUUCAUAAAAAAACUAUUAAAUAACACAAAAAAUACACAAACUGCCACUUUUAAGUACACUACUACAUGUAGGUAGAUAGAAAAAAUAGGCAUGUUGAUGUUGCAAGAAGCUGUAAAAAAGCUACAAGAGAAUCAUCCAUUCGGUGCCAUUGUAGUUGACAUGAUGCGACUGUAAGCCGUCAAUCUCUUCUCUGGUUUAUUACGAUGCUAAUGAAUAGUUUGAAUGUUUCCUUAACGGCUGUGAUGUUCCUGUUCUAUUUUAUGCUCUUAGCUUUUUUUUUUUUUUUUUUUCCAUUUUCUUUUUCUUUUCUUUUUUUCUUUUCUUUUUUUUUCUUUUUUUUUUUUUUUUUAGUUAUUUGAAAUGGUUCCCAGACCAUGUUUUUGUAAUGAAUAAAUGUUUAUGCUGUACAGUCUCUGUAGCAUGCAGUUCUGUAUUAAUAAAAGCGACUUAGUAUGUGCAGAUUA